UUAGUUAAAGGGUUUAGGUUUGGGCAGAGUCCAGCGCUACUGUACUAAAACCAAGUGCGCAUGUGCAACAGCGUCGCAAAUCUAGGGUUACCAUCUAGCCACGACCCGGAAGAAGGAGUUCUCAGAGAGAGAAUACGUCGUGUGACAUAAAAAUCAACAAUUAUUGUACUUUUGGUCAGCAGGUGGGGAUGGCAUCGGGCAGUACGAGCAUUGAGGAGGAGCGGAGUCUCCGGGAGUGUGAGCAGUAUGUUCAGAAACACAACAUCCAGCAGCUGCUGAAGGACUGCAUCGUCCAGCUGUGCACGUCACGGCCCGACCGGCCCAUGGCCUUCCUCAGGGAAUACUUUGACAGGCUGGAGAAGGAAGAGGCCAUGCAGAGGAAGUCCAGCAGCUCCCGGUCAGACUCCCGUGAGGACGAGGUCUCCCCGCCCAUGAACCCCGUGGUGAGGGAUCGGUGCCGCCGGGGAGCUAUCAGUGCUGAGGUGUACAACGAGGAGGAUGCUGCCUCCUACGUCAGAAAGGUCAUCCCGAAAGAUUACAAGUGUAUGGCUGCCUUGUCCAAAGCCAUUGAGAAGAAUGUGCUGUUUGCCCAUCUGGAUGACAAUGAGAGGAGUGACAUUUUUGAUGCCAUGUUUUCUGUCAACUACAUUGCUGGGGAGACGGUCAUUCAGCAAGGUGACGAGGGAGACAACUUCUAUGUUAUUGACCAGGGAGAGAUGGAUGUUUAUGUGAACAACGAGUGGGUGACCACCAUCGGUGAGGGAGGCAGUUUCGGGGAGCUGGCGCUGAUCUACGGCACCCCACGUGCAGCCUCAGUCCGAGCCAAGUCCAACGUGAAGCUGUGGGGCAUCGACAGGGACAGCUACAGGAGAAUACUAAUGGGGAGCACUUUGAGAAAGCGCAAGAUGUAUGAGGAAUUCCUCAGCAAGGUGUCCAUUUUAGAGUCUCUGGAGAAGUGGGAGCGUCUAACGGUGGCUGAUGCCUUGGAGACGGUGCAGUUUGAGGACGGCCAGAAGAUUGUGGUGCAAGGAGAGCCUGGUGAUGAAUUCUUCAUCAUCCUGGAGGGCUCAGCAGCUGUGCUUCAGAGACGCUCAGAGAAUGAGGAGUUUGUGGAGGUCGGCAGACUCGGACCAUCAGAUUACUUUGGUGAGAUCGCCCUGCUGAUGAACCGGCCCCGUGCUGCUACCGUUGUGGCCCGCGGCCCCCUUAAGUGCGUCAAGUUGGACCGGCCGCGCUUCGAGAGAGUCCUGGGACCCUGCUCAGACAUCUUGAAAAGGAACAUCCAGCAGUACAACAGCUUCGUCUCUCUCUCUGUCUGAGCUCAUCUGCUCUUUCUGCUUCCUUCUGUUCUCUCCCACUUCUUUCUUCUACUGCAGGGUCCACAAAUGCAAAUCUGCUUUAUUUUUUUAAUUUCUUUUCUCUCUUUGAGACAUGUAACAACACCCAAAUACCCUCUCAAGAUCACCUAAAUAUUUCUUACUUUUCUCCUUGUUUUUUUAUGUAUGUACUUAGGUUCUUUUGAAACUUGUAUACAUUUUUCUUUUUUAAGCAUUUUCUUACUGAUUUCUGGGGACAGAAAAGGCCUUUUUUCCCUUUUUUGCCCGGUCUAAUAGUCAUCAGGCCCAUGAAGGGAAGUAUAGUGGGGAAACACUGUACGGAAAGUGUUAACUACAAUAGCUGAAGCUGUUGUCCCAGUAUCAAAUAGGUGUAUGUGUGCAUACAUAGCGUGAACAUACAGCUGAAUUUUCAUAUUAGAGUUACAAGGAAAACUUGUGGGGGUUAACUGUGUUCACACUGUGAGCAACUUGGUUGAUCUGUUACUCUAUUCUGAGCAGUUGUGGGCUGAACCAGAAGCUCAGAUUGCAUCUGUGUAAUGCUCUGAAAUUUUGAACGUAUUUUUCACUGCUCUAUUAUUGGCUUUUAUAAAAUUGUUUUGAUGGGUUAAUAUAGCCACCAAGUCUUAAUAAAAAAAAAUCAAUAAAAUGACUUAUCAUCGAUUCCAAUCAUGGAUGCAGGCAUUCUCCAAGCAGGCCUUUUUGACCAACAAGGAACUGGUUCUGUUCAGCUUUGUGAGCCUAAUUUUGAAUUGUUCUGAGCAUUUCGACCAAAAAUAAAUUUGUUUGGGACCUGAAAACUUGGUUCCCAGCUGGAACUAAAAACAGUUGGACCAGAAGUAGAAACUUCUGAAUACAAUGAGUGGGCGUGUAUAAUUAUACAGGGACAGAUGGAAAUGAUGAAGAAAUUGAAGAGUGUGCUGUGGUCUGCUUAAGAAACAAAAUUAUUGCUUUCAAUUUGGACAUGGAGGGGAAACUAAAAAAUGUAAAUUUGUAUCUCAAAAUUGCUGAAGAGUUGGUGAGGCUGCGUUUAUUAGAAUCCAGGACCAAAUUAUCAACAAGUUUAAAAAAUCUGAAGGAUUACAGAGACUCCAAAAAGGACCUGGUGAAAAGUGGUUGUGAAUGGGGUGAUAUAGGGAGUAUUCUGAGCUCCUGGACGAUGUCCUGGGUAGAGCAGCAAACCAGCAGACUGGGGAUGAAUCCAGAUACAGCAAUGACCUGGAGACACCGCCGUCAUAAUGGUUCCACACCAAACUGCUGCAAACAUGGAUCAGUCCACUAGUUAACACCUUUGUUUUUCGCUGAGCUAGGUAGGAGACGAAUUCUUGUGUCAUGGUCUUGUUGCUCGCAGUGUGGACACAUAGUGAGCCAUUUGCUGCCUUUGUCAAGAUCAGUCUUUGAGUUGCUCCGGGUGUCUUCAGUGUGGGUCAAUGCGAUCAGAAGAUGCUGUGAUAGCAACCUUUUUGUUUGGAGUGCGUCAGUCGAUGUACUCUUAUGAAGUGUCAGGCAGACUUGAUGUUUGAGACAGGUACGCCAAAGGGUUAUUCGUGUUUUCUGCUUUGCAAUUUAUUGUAUUUGUCAAGUUUUUUUUUUCUUGGGAUAUUUAGUCGAGAGUCAAGACCCUGUUCUUAAAGGGUUACCUGGACAUUUGGGUACAAGUUUUUAUUAUCUUUUGUCACCCUGUGAAAAAAGUAGUGACUUUAUGGUUAGUGGCAUUUCUUUCUUAAAAUGAAGUGUAGUCACAAAUGAAUUUUUUUAGGGAAAAUGAAACUGAAAUAUACUUUUUGAGACACAAUAUUCAAUAUUAUCCAAAAAUGUCCAAGUGUCCCUUUAACCACAGUGACAUUAUGUGCUCUUUUAUUGUAGUAGUUACAUAUAUACAGCUAUGAAGCUAUAUGUUAGGAGCAAAAAUUACUAUAAUCAUAUUUUUUGCACAGUUUGUGAUAUAUAAAUCUGUAUAAUUGAGAAAAAGUUUAUAUCCUAGUUUGUUUAGUGUGAUGUCUGGUCCCACCAUUUCAAGGGAGCACAAGUCAAGACUUUAAAAAAAAACAACAACAAACCAACAAACAAAAAAACGCUACCUCUAGGAAGAUCAGACUGUCAGAUAGUGGAGUAGAGUACUUAGUCCAUCAUUUAUAUACUGUCUACCAGAAAGCAUCGUGGGAGUUGGUGUCAUUUAACUGUCCCCAGGGAAUGUACACCGGACAUUUGCUGUCACAACCAAACCAGUGCCAAAUAUGAAGCUGAGGUAUUGACAGUUUUUAAUUGGUUAUACAGGGAGGGAAUGCUGCUGUAGGUGCGUAUGUUAGUCCAAGGUGGCAGAGGCUGUGAGAUGUCAAUAGCAUUGUAUUUGUGUGUCAUAGUAUUUGAGCUGCAUAAAAAUGAAAUCACAGUGUCUAGUGUUGAGGAGAGGGAAAGGGACUGCGUGAGCUGAAUUACAUUUACAUGUUGGCCGCAGGUAAUGCGUAUAUCACUGACCGAGAAGACACUGAACGCCUUGUUGAAAUGAUGUUCAUAUUAGGGUUAGGUCAAUAUGCAUCUUUUUAAAGUUGAUGAUGAUUAAAGCGGCCUUCAGAAAAUAUUCAGGCAAUUUAAACUCGACUUUUUCAUGGACAAAAUUCUAAAAAUAAAUAAAACUCCAAGCAUUCAAUGUUUUCCAAGGAAUUUAUUCCUGUCAGGAUGAAAAAGUCUCUCAAACAGCAUCUCCGUAUAUAUAUAAGAAAUGCAUCCACAUGUGUGGAAUUCCAUUAAAUCACCUACUGUAAGGUUAAGGUCUUCCUGUAGACAGUCAGUGUAAUACUGAUUAUGUCUACAAUACAUGUGUAAUCCGUCAAACUGCAUCAUAGUCAUCAUAUCACAGCUGGAUGGCUGGAUGACACUGAGUGAGAUCUGGUGUUCACUCAUUUUGAAAAAUGUGAUAUUAUUUAACCUCCCCCCCAGCUGUCCUGUAGAACAGUAGUGGUGCUAUCUUGCUCUCAUUGUUACUGAGUGCUGGAUACUGGCUGGAUGCUCCAAAUGCUAACUGUUAGCCUCCUGCCACUGAGCUGGACUUCUCCCAGCUAACAUUCUGAAAAAUAGCAGCCUUAAUCCAAAUUGUUAAAUAAGUUUGAGUGUGAUUAUGUGUAGCAGAAUUUGUACACCCUGAAAUGGUAAAAAAACAAAACAAAACAAAAAAAUUAGCUGGGGGGAAGUCCACUUCAAUGGCAUGAAGCUAACAGGUAGCAUUUGAGCAGCACCAGCCAACAUCACUACUGUCCUUCAUAACAGGAGGGUGAAAUUCAUUCAUGCAUUUAUGUCAUCUUAAAAAUAAUAAAAAGGGUGAAUUAUCCCUUUAAAGGCUAAUAUCAGCCUGAUAGAGCAGCACACCUGUAUAUUUUGUUUAUGCCCUUACUGCCCUUGGAAGGCCUCUGUUGGGAUGUGUGAGUCAAACCUCUGCUUACAUUUGCCUUCCGUGUGUCAGCUUCAUAGUGCUGAUACUGCUCAUCUUCUGUUAUGCAGUUCUGUGUAUUGCGUCAUGUUGUGUGUGUUUUCCCAGUCCCAGUCAGCAGCCAUAUUUUGACAAGAACUGGACGGUGCAGUGACUGUUCUUUUUAUUUGCCACACUUACCAUCACGCCUUUGUACGGUUGCAGAGGGUGUUUAUCCAAAAGACCUUGGCCUUGAUUGAUGACACCUGUAUUACUGGUUAUCAGUCGUGGCCUUUCAUGCAUGUUUGUAAGUUGAUUUCUGUUUUAAUGUAUUUAUUUUGGAUUCACUGUUUAUUGGUCUGGUCAUUUUGUUGAUAAGUGUAUCAACAGGAAUGAAUCAAAAUGUAGCUUUUGUGUGUGUGUGUGUUACUCUUUAUUUUGUUCAUCAUUAAUAAUGCCUGCAGUCUCGGUAUGUGAAGGAAGUGUUUUCUGUAGCCCUGCCCUGCCGACAGCAUACAUAUGGAGGGGCCCAGCUUAUGUAUGUUGUUGGGAUGCAGGGUCCCGCAUUACUCACUGCGGCCAGUAGGGAUACUGCACACUCACACUUAAAAUCAUUUGCAAUUGACAAAUAUUAAAAAUACAUACGUUUGCAUAUAGUGUGCGAAAUUAAAAACAUGGAUGAAAUCCUAGGUGUACUAGUUCGGUCCAUUAAAAUCAAAAGGUGACACGACUAUUUCAUCGCACACUGCACGAACACUGCGCUCAGUCAUUCAAAACAAUGGCUUUAACGUGCACACCUUGGGUUUAAGUCACGUUUUAUAUUUUUUUUUCCCCUGAGUGAACACAUUAUGCUUUUUUGGCAGCAUACAGUAAAGCGAGACCCCACAAACAACAACUUAACUGUCAAAUUUUAUGUUUUUUUUUUUUCAUCCGAAUCUUUCUUUUUGCAGUCUUCAGUCUCUCGAUGCCAUCAGAUCUAGAAACAUGCUGUUACACGACAGACAUUUCUGAGUGUUUAUUAUGAUCCAAAUCCCAUGUUACUGAAAUGUGUGUUUUAUUAUGUCAAGCUUGGUCAUGUGUGGUGCUUUGGGAUUUUAGAUAUACAGAUGGGUUGCUAUCAGUUUGCCCCCAAAUCAGAUCGAAUCCUGUAAUGUUGUGUUCACUGCUGUGGAUAGCCAAAUCAGUGUUUCGUUUCCAGCCACAAAGCUACUAUGUGUUCAUCUUGAAUCACCAUGUCUUACUUCAGUUGUCAUGCAGCGGUCUGUCCUCUUGUUUAGUAGUUUGUCUCUCACCCAGUGUCUUUCUAACAAACAGCUGUCUCUUAAUUAACAGUGUUCUGGCUCGGAAGAUCGCAAAGAAGAUGGAAAAUCAACUAGUGGGUGUAAACUUUUAACUGCAGCCAAACUCCACUCAGAAACCUUGAUUGUUGAUUAUUUUUUGCCUUAGAUAUUGAGAGGAACACUCCUGCUUACUGUGCCCCCAUCCUUUAAAAACUGUGUAAAGCCAAAAAACCCGAGGCCUACAGCGAGUCACCACACUUGUAGUAGGUCUUGCUACAGAGGACCAUUCUUUUCUAUUGUUUUUAGCCCUUUACUCUGAAUGUACAAAGUUUGUUUCAACUGAUUCUGCUGAAGUGUUUGGAUCCUUUUUCGUAUUCACUGUGGGACGUCCUUAUAGCAGGUCCAGCAAUAAAAAAGAUCAAUUCUUACAAAGUGAA